GGUCUCCGGGGAGGACCGCUCGGUGCACAAGGCCGCGUUUGUGAGCUCGACAGACGCUCCGAGAUUUGUAUGGGGACAAGGUAGCUGUGUGCCACCAGGAAAGGACAAGGACUUGUCGGACUCAUGAGGGAAGCAGCUCUCCUUAUCUUCCUAUUCUGUGGAAUCCUACUCAUAUCCUCAGUGGCCGCUGCAGAUGUCGGGCUGAACGUGGAGACCAGUGUGGACGCCGUCCGCGGCGAUCCCGUCACCCUCCGCGCGUCCUACACCAAUCAGAAGCAGCUCCUGACCCUGACAUGGCACAAGGUGGAGGGGGGAGUGGGCGGUGCGCGGGCCGUGGUGUUCGCCUACAUCCCGUCAGCGGGGAGGAGGGACGCCAGCGGGCCGCUAGAGGACCGGGCUGACUUGGUGGGGAAGGCCUCGCUCAGGAUCCGGAACGUACGGCUGGGGGAUGAGGGUCUGUACGUCAUCACCGUCAUGUUGGACGGCCCCGUGCAGCAGGAGAAAUACGUCUACUUAAACGUCUUAGUUCCGCCAACCGUUGCCGUUGGACCAGAAAACCCAUACAUCGUGGAAUGGAGCACUAACGUGACAUUAAACUGUAUCGUGGCCAAUGCUAAACCGGAAAUUACGUCUUUGUACUGGAUGAAGAAUGGCGUCCCACUCUCGGCGCUGAAGCUCAGCUCCAAAUAUGGCGGCGGAGACUUGCACUUCCCCUCACUCAUCAUCAGGAACGUGUCAGGGGAGGAUUCUGGGACAUACACCUGCAUGGCAGACCACGUGACCAGACCUGGGAACGACAGUCUGUCCUUGGAAGUCCUAUAUCCUGCGAAAAUUGUCCAGGUCUCGGACACGGUAAGAGCCCCAGAGGGAGGGAAUGUGCAGCUGCAGUGCUUGGCCAAUGGGAACCCUCGACCUAGGAUCACGUGGUCAAGGAGUGGGACCGUGAUUCCAAACGAGACCCCGGCUCUAAUCGACGGACUUCUCGUCAGCCGACUUCUCGUGAGAAGUGUGAGGAAGAACAACACCGGGGACUACAUAUGUUCUGCCAGUAACGGUUUAGGGACGAGGGCCUCCAGAACUAUAAGACUCAUCGUCGAAGAUCCAACAGUGACCUCCCCCGCCGUUAUCGCGAUCAUUGCCGGUGCCACGCUCGGGGGCGUGAUUCUGAUAGCUGCUCUGCUGUGCACCCUCUUCGUCUUCAAGCGCAGGAAACGUGAUCAGGACCAGAGGGACUUCUCAUUCUACUACAAGGCUGGCAGGCAGCACUUCGAGUACGUCGCCAAGGAGGAGAUGAGGAAAGCUGAGGAGAGCCCUUUUAAGACGAAGGCGUCAGGGGAGUUUGCCUUCAAACCAGACAGCUGUGUGGACCCGACAUCUGCGUACGAGAGUUUCAAGGCGGUGAAGAAGAACAGGAAGGAAGCAGGUUCUCGGUACGCCCGGGCGCUGUACGACUACCAGGCGCGAGGAGAGGACGAGCUGACCCUGCAGACUGGGGACGUGUACGAGGUCAUCACCUGGGAAGGAGAGCGCUGGUGGCUCGGCUAUCAGAACGGAAAUAUCGGCAUCUUCCCAUCGGAAUACGUGGAGCUCAUCUCGGAGAGCGACGCUCGUGCUCACACAUCAGGAGAGGAGAAGCCCCAGCCACCCAAGAAGGUCCCGGAUGCACCGCAGGGCAUGGCGGGAGCACAGAAGGUGCUUCCUCCGCUGCCACCCAAGAAAAUUCCUCAACGAAUCAGCCAACUGCAGCAGUACCUACAGGCAGAGGAGGUUGUGAGCCUACCCGAGCUGAACACCUGCCAUCGGACCCUGUCCAAGAAACCGCCUCUCCCUCCUGUCACGCCGCAGUAACUCAGCUCUACUGCCGACAGAUGACAUACUCACUAGCACAUUGAACAGGACAUAAAGUUUUAAAGGGACGAGAGGAACAAACGAAACAUUCUGGUGGCGGUGUGUGUAGGGUGAAUGAAGUUGUGAGCUGAAUUAUAACUAGAACUUAAGGAUCGGAUUUCUUGCACAUUUAGAUGGAAUGCGCAAGAAGAUGUCGGUGUGAUAAAAAGGCGGUCCGUCCCUACCGAUAUACAAUCUGGUAAAAUGUUGUGGUCUCAGAUCGACAGGACUGACGGCCAGUGAGAUAACUAGCAGCUGACGGUUUUACUGCCGUCGCGCUCACAGCGAGAGACGAAAAUGGUAAUGGUGGCGAUGUUUUCAGAUAGACCAAUAGUUAACAGAAAUUUUAGUUUGCUUCGUUAAUUUGAUUCAAAGAACGUAUGAUCUUGUGAAGUUUGAACACAAGUGCUUGAAACUUGUAUUGUAUAAAUCACAGCAAAUACUUGCCAACUCACUGCCAUAAUGAUUACGUACAGCAAGUCAAUGGUCCUUUUCGACGAAGGAAUUCGAAGUUAAGAAGUUGCGUCAUAGACUGCCUAGAGAGCACACUAUUGUGCCGAAACAAGCAAGAUAGCUACUAGUAAACAAAACUGUGAGGUAAUCAAUCAUAUCUAGAACAUUUAGUCCCAUACAAGCUUUCAGUAAUCGUGGUUCUGAGUAAGCCUGACUAUAUCACGCUUCUAGCAGCGCUUCCAUAUAUGCUAAACUGAGACCUGUCUGUUGGAGGCCAACAUGACUGAUUUCCGGCCAGUCCCAGAUCACAGAGAAUCCUGGGCUCCUAUUGGAUUGAUUUUCAUGAUGAUAAAGAAUCCUGAGCUCCUAAUGGUAGUUCUUGGAAUGAGGAUGAUUUUCUCAAGUUAGAGGUGUAUAUCCACAAGUUCUCGGGGACGAGGCCUGAUCAGCCACUGACAGCGUUGUCCAUCCAUACAUUGUGUAACACAGGAUAGGUUCUGAGCCUAUCAGAUUGGGGCUUCAUGUCCACUGAUAAUGAUCAAGAUGGUGGCGUAUCAGAAAAUGUAAUGGGUGACAGCAUCGUACCCUUGACAAUGUGCCCUCAGUUGCUCUAAAGUGAACACCUUUUGUACGUGAAAUUAAUUGCUGUUUCUCAUGUAUUGUAGACCGAUCUAGUCAUGUGCUGAAGAGAUCUAAUGAUGUCUACUGUACUGUAGAGAUCUAUCCUGGUGAUCUCUGCGUUCUAAACAUUUCGAGGUUGUAAUGACUUUCUUGCCAGUAUAUUUUCUGCGUAAAUAAAGCGUCAGUUUGUA